AUGUUCAAGUUCUUAAAAGCAAUACGUGUUAGGAGAUCUUAUCUUGGGUUAGUAUUGGUUAGUGUUUCGUUAUUUGGAAUGUAUUGGUUGGAGUGGCAGGACAUGAAGGUGGCCUGUAGUGAUGCAGAGCAUCCAGAGCAUAUAAAGCAGCCGAGCUCUUCUCUCGCUAACCCAAUACCAGCCCAGACGAGAAGAAUCAUGAAAGUAGACCCAGUAGAUUCCGCAAUGCAAGUAGAAGAGAAAAAGGCGCCCACCCCGCCCACUUCAUUCAUCAUACUACCGCCUGAGCCCACCACACCAACCCAAACACCACCUAAUCCAAAAACGCCCGUACAAGCACUGCCUGUAUUCAGAACAUUACCAUCGGAAGCCAAACCAAUAAUCACGCAACUACAGCAUCUACAGCUGAUUAAAGACCCGCUCGACCACACCUGGAUAUCCCUCCAAACCCGCAAUACAACCGGCUGGAUUCUUGUACUUAGUCCGGAGCAAAUGGCUCUAAAUAAUGAACCGGCCCAUCUACCACCCCAAAACAUUACUAUUCCUGAGUCGUGGAAAGAAAACGAGUACAACAACUGCUUCGAGGACUUGGCUCCCCUGCGGAAGAUCACAAGCCAGGCGCCCGUAGUUGUUCGAGGCCUACGGUUAGAGUAUGGCCAGGCAUCUUUUAAGUUGCUUCUUCUGUUGCUGCGCAUUCUAAGCAUGUUUCGAGUAGAAAUACAUCUGUACGGCCACCUCCAGCUAGACGAAAGCCUUCAGACCGAGCAGAUACUGGUCAGCCUGGCGUACUUACUCAACGGCCUCCCAGAAAACAUAAGCGCCCGAAAGACUCUUUUGCAAAUGCAUACGACAAAUACCAUCGAGUACUGGAGAGAGAUUCUCAAAUUAGUCAUCCAGACGUACAAAGAUUUAGAAUUAAGAAAGUAUCCUGUUAAGUUUAAAUAG